AAAUCAAUUUGUGAUCAACUGCAUGCUAUUGGCAAACCUGUUUCGGAUUCUACCAAAGUUUUCAGGUUAUUAGAAGGGCUCGAUGAAAGCUAUGAGCCAUUCAAGACGACUAUGUUCCGACCUCCUAUUCCGCUAUAUACAGAGGUGGUUCCCCAACUCCAAAGCUAUGAAUUACGAAUCAAGCGACACUCAAGCCCAGCUCCUGAUGUGUCUAUGGCUUUUGUGUCACAACGGGGACGCGGAAGCAACCGGCACAGAGGCCGAGGUAGAGGCCAUAACUUCAACUCUCGAGGCCGGGGUUUUCCUCAGACGACCCAAGGUGGCAGAUCAGAGGGCUAUCAAUCUACUCCGCCGCCUGGGGCUGAUCGUGCAGCCUUGACUUCCUCUACUGGCAACAAUCCUCUCACUUGUCAAAUUUGUAAAAAGCGAGGCCAUGAUGCUCUGCGAUGCUGGUUUCGAUUCGAUAACAGCUAUCAAAGUGACGACAUUCCCCGUGGUCUAGCUGCUCUCUAUAUCACUGAUGUGCAUGAUGAUGAAUGGCAUCCCGACACUGGUGCCAAUGCUCAUAUCACAGAUAAGCCAGGAUUCCAAGACACACCAAGUACUAAUGACGGGAAAUAAUCAUCAAGGGUUGUACACCAAUAAAGAUCCGCAGCUUGCAGCUUUCUUCUCUCAGCGAAAUAAGGCGACCGAUGAACUCACUUGGCAUCGUCGAUUGGGCCAUCCGAAUA